CUGACUCCUCCGACUCUGAACAACAGACCUGCUGCCUCGAAAGGGCUGAGUUCAACGAUGAAGGUUCUGGUGGUUCUCGCUCUUUUCUGCGUUUGCAACGCCAACAUCCUGUGGCCCGAGCCGCAGAAAACCAACCUGGACGUGGUGAAAGAUGCUUUCUGGGACUACGUCGCCAAGGCAACGCAAACCGCCGAGGAUAACCUGAAGCUGAUCCGAGAGUCCGACCUGGGACUGGAAGUCAACACCAGGAUCGCUCAGAGCUCCGAGACCGUGAACCACUACAUGGGGGCUCUGCAGACCCACAUGGCUCCCGUGACUCAAGACUUCCUGACCCGGUUCACCCAGGAGGCCGAGCAGCUGAAGGCCCGCCUGGAGAACGACAUGACGUCCGUCAGCACCAACAUGAGACCCUACGCCGAGCAGCUGGUGGAGAAGAUCCAGACCCAGGUGGAGGAGCUGCGGAAGGAGGCGGCCCCCUAUGCCGAGUCCAUGAACCCCGAGGCCCUGAAGGCGGUCCUGCUGCAGAAGAGUCAGGAGCUGAAGGGGCAGCUGGAGACCAAUGUGAACCAGGUGCUGGACCAGAUGGCACCCCUCAACGAGGAGAUCAAGCAGAAGAUGGAGCGGAGCCUGGAGGACUUCCAGGGCAGCAUGAUCCCCCUGGCCUCAAGCUUCGAGACCCAGCUGGCCCAGAAGACCCAGGAGAUCCAGCAGAACCUGGUUCCCUUUGGAGAGGACCUGAAGGCUAAGCUGGACUCGAGUGCUCAGGACCUGCAGGCCCAGCUGACCGCUCUGUGGGAGUCCUUCACCCAGAAGACCCAGUAGACGGACUCGAAAUAUUUAUUCAACUUCUGCUCAGGAAAUAAAAACGUCCAGUUCUGAA